UCCGACAUGCGAUCUGGCGCACCAGGAUAUCUGCCUUUCGGCCGCUGCGACAAAGCAAGUAACUCACCAACAUGAGCUCGAGAGGUGGCCCGCAUGGGCAGUGGCCGGCACCAAACCGAACUGGGCCGAGAUCUGGGCAAUUCGUGCCUGUUGCGGGUACCUUCGCUGAACCCACGCCACAAUCAAUAGGCUACCCUAGGCAGCCACAUAUACCUAGCCCUGCGCAUCAUUUACUCCCACAGCACGGCUACAGCGGUCCACCAAGAGUUCCCAUCUCGAAUUCAGAAUUUGAGCACGCUCAGGCAACCUUCUCGGCCGCUCCGUACCCAGAGCCGCUGAAUACUCCUUUGUUCACGGAACCGGUCGAAUAUGAGGGUUUCAUUCCAGCCCCAGGACAUGAAAACGACCAUGUUGCCGCCCCUGAUAUAUUCGAAAAUGGGCGCUAUGACUACGACUACGAGACCUCUAGCCUGGAAGAUGAUAGCGAGGAGGAACGAAUCACUGCUGAAGCGGCGCUAACCCAUGAUCGUGAGGAGGACAAAGACUUCUCUCUGUCUGAAGACGAGCUCGAGGAGAAUCCCGAAGAUUUCAUGAUUGUUGACGCAGACAAUUCUGAGGAAGAGACCGUGCCCAAACGCGGGAGGCCCAAGAGUAAAGGCACAAGAGGAGGCCGGCGUGGUAGACCCCCUGGAGACGGACGAGGUGGCUCCCGAUCUACAGCACGAAGGGGUCGAAAGACGGGUACUAAAGGGAGACCCCCAGGACAGAGAGGACCGCGUCCUGUAGCAGAUCCAGGGCCGGAGUUCAAAGAGCUGCAACGCCUCGCUAACGAAGCCUAUAUCAAGGAAGACUACGAGACCGCCAUGAGACAUGCCAAGGAAGCUAUAAAACUGAACCCGGAAAUUUUCUCUGCUUAUAGUCUGUUAUCGGAGAUCUAUGCGGCUAUGGGCAACGAAGAAGACUCUAUCGGGUCUUUGAUAGGCGGUGCGCCAACAAAACGCGACAAGUACCUCUGGUAUCUGCUACUAGAACGUAUUGAGAACAUCGACCCCAUCGAGUAUCCUCGAAUGGAUAGAAGGAUGAAAGACAAGCUUUCGGUGCUAUGUCUAACGUCAAUCAUCAGUCUCGAUAGUGACGACUGGGAUGCCCGCUACAAGAAAUUAGAGCUUGAAGUCCGGCGUCAGCGUUACUCUUCUUGCGUCAUACUGUGCCGGAAAAUGUUAAAGAUCCGACCGCAUGACACGCGCGUUCUGUCCACCAUGGCGCAAAUGGGAACAGGCAAUGAAAGACAAACAAGCUUACAUCUGCCUGGUAUCAUUGAAUGCUUCGAAGACACAAUUACUCAUUUCCUCGCACUCAAUGAUCCUUCCACUAGUGGACUGGAUUACGGCUUUCUAUAUGUAUAUCUCGAUCUCCUGGAUAAAGCGGGAGACUACAACUACGCACUUGUCCGCCUGAAGACUCUCUCUAGGUGGAUCCAGAAGAGAGCCACCGAAACCUACUGGGAUCAGCUGGACGAUGACCGUGAGUUUGACUUCGAAGAUGUGCCCCGACGCAUUGCUGUGGCUGAGUUUGUACAACAAAAGAAGAAACGCCGAGGCAGCUACGGAAAAGGCCUGCCUUUGGAGAUAAUCAUAAAGAUGGGCCUAUUUAGGCUACGCACCAUUCCACCAAACUUCGAUGAAGCUAUGCGACAUCUCAAUUUGCUUUACCCGGAGGACGAUAGCAGUGAGGAAACCCUGUUAUGGGAAGAUACAAAUCUGUUCGACACAGUGGCGAGAGCUCUCUACGAGACCGGUCAUUAUCAGGAGGCUUUACGUUUCUAUGAACCUCUCCACAAGCACAGCCUACUCCCGCGAAUUCUGGAUAAUUAUCUCGGAAUGUAUACAUGCUAUCGGGAAACGGGAGACAUGGAGAAGGCAGCGACGAUCUUACCGAUCCUGAAAGAAUGGGAGGAAACGAACCUAAGAGACUGGGCGACAUUGGCAAAAUUCUUCGAAGACCAGGGAUUGAUGGUUGAGGCUAUGCGUCGUGCAGAAAUCGUUUUCAAAAACCGUGCUUCCUACCUCUUGCGGGCUAACGGCUUUCAGCAUUACGAUGAGCUGCGGAGGCAUUUCUUCAAGACGCGAAAGCAAGCUCGAGGAAAUCACGGGGUAAAAAAAGCGCGCGUAAAGAAGUAUAUGAAGAAGCUAAAGGCGGCGACGCGUGAUGAGGCGGAUACUGAUCAGGAGGAAAACACCAUCGAGCGUCCCUCUCUUGGACCAUUGAAGGAUCGACCGAAGAAAGGCCUCUUUCGGUCAAAGGAGCGGCCUUUGGAGAAGAAGCCACAGACUUUCAUGCCGCUUGACGAGUCGAAGACCUUGGAGGGUACAGAUGUUCCCCUUACUGCGAUCGACCACAACGUUUUCCGAAAGAAACUGAAGAACCUGGCGGACAACUAUCCAGAUGAGCUUGCAGCUGCUAGGCUCAAGCACCGUGAAAUUGUUGCUAGCUUUGCUCGACUGCAACAUUUGUGCGACAAUGCGGAUAGCGGAGAUCAGUCUGCUUCCACUGAAUAUUUAUCCAUAGCCAGAGAGCUCAUUGAGGAGUUUUCGACUUUUGAUAUCUUCAUGUCAGACCGCCGACAAUCAUUCCGUGGCUACUUCAGGCGCUUAGGUUCUGGAGAUCUGUGGAGGGAUUCCGCUCUGAUGAUUCUAGCCGUCGGAGCAAACCGUGUAGAUGACGGUGAAGCAGAUGUAGAGUUAAAAGAGCGACCCGAACCCCCUCCGGAAGACUUUUUCGGGGUCCACUUUGACAAAUGGGCUGAGGUCUUUUGUCGCUACGCUCUCCUUCUUGCCCGCGAAGGGGCGGAGGAACGAUGCUUCAACGUUCUGGAUGUGGCCUUGCAGUCUAAUGUUUUCUACAAGUCGCAGAGAUAUACUAGCGACAUCGAGCUUUGUCGCCUGUCCUGUGCACUGGCCGUCGAUGACUCCCAACAAGUCUCUACCAGCAUUCGCUACCUUCUUAAGACUUAUCCUUUCGGCACUGAGAUAUUUCGUCUGUAUAGCGCUGCGAAUCGUCUAUGCUCCGUCAAUGAUGGCUACGCUACUGGUGCCGCAACGAGGGUUGUUAUGAGGUGGAUCAAGACUAUUGACUACGCCCUGCUUGAACCGGAGAACCGUAAGUGGUACAAUUUCAAAGGCCGUGAUCGUACACAGUGGAUGCAGCAAACCUUGAAUACCGGGCUGGUCAGUCAAGUCAAAGGUCAUGAUCCUGCCCUCUUCGCUCUGUUCGGACACCUGUUGAUGUGCACUGGCUCUUAUGCGGCAGCUCUGAACUACUUCUUCCGAGCGUUCGCCAUCACGCCCGAGGAUCCGAUCUUAAACUUGUCGAUCGGCGUUGCUUAUUUCCAGCACGCACUGAAACGGCUUUCGGAGAAUAGACAGUACCAGAUUCAGCAAGGCAUAGCAUUUAUCACGCGAUACUACGACUUGAGAACGAAGGAUCAGAUUGCUGUUCAUCAGCAGGAGGCGGAGUUCAAUAUUGGUAGAGUUUACCAUGGGCUAGGCCUUGCUUCACAGGCCAUACCCUACUACAAGCGUUGCAUAGCCCUAAGCGGUAUGCUUGAGAGCGGGACCGGGGAAGAUUUUGCGGCCGAGGCUGCAUAUGCACUUCAGACUAUCUACGUCCUGAGCGGAGACUUCGAGGGGGCCCUCGAAGUAACGGUUUCAAAUCUCGUUAUUGAGUAAGAUUUCCUAGCAAGUACGGUGGAAGCAAGGAUGGAGCAAGGCACAGCAUGUGAAUGUCACGGACCAUGCCAAUUCUAAGCAACCAAUCAAAUAUCGAGGUGAACCCUUGAUAGGAAACACG